AAUUUUCUAAUAGCAUUCGCUCUCACACAUAAAAACGUGUUUCAAGUCUUUAUUUUUUUUGUCAAAAAUUGAAGAAUGGCUCCCUUUAUGACACUUUUCUAAGUGAAUUUGAGCAAUAUUGUAUCAGAUACAGGAAUUCGCUGAUUAGAGACGUCUUCUUUAACCUCUUACAGAUAAUUUGUACCUGAAAAGUACUUUGGGAAAUUAAACACUUUAAAAAAAAGAAAAAGAGUAGUUAAGAAGAGUAAUGGAAGAAGAAAGGUUCAAGGCUGAAAUCUUUCAUGUGACACAGCAAGUUUGCAAUAACACCGCUGCUGAAUUAAGAGAUUCUGAAUCUCGUAAUGUGAUCGUCGACGAACUUUUUUGUGUUGGAGUUACAGAAAUGGUUUGGGAGCAAAUUCGCGUGUUGGCCAAAGACGUUGAGGAUUUCGCAGAGCAUGCUGGUCGUAAAACUAUUCAGCCUCAGGAUGUUGUUUUGUGUUGUCGACGUAACGAAGGAUUGCAUGAAAUGAUGAAUGAUUACCAGAAGGAAAUUAUUAAAUCGAGAAAAAAAAGGAAAGAAAAUUCUCCAUAAGACUGUUGGAACUACUGUCAAUCUAGGUUUUUUUUACUAUUCUAUUCUGCCUACACUGUUCAUUCCUUGAAACAGAGGAAACGGUUAUGAAUCAAUGAAAAGCACUGUACUAGUAUAACUGUGAAUUUAUUACCGAAAAAUAAAAGACAAUCUUACUUGGAGCUACGCUUUGAUGCUUACAAACCGAUUUUUUUCUUAUUUGUUCUAUGAAAAUACGAUGACUACAGUAAGGCAAUUAUACUAUGGAACUAAUGAGAUAUUCGUAUACUAAAUUAUAUAGUUCCUAUCAUUUAAGAAAGAUUCCCUUAAAUGUUCAUUGUUCUAUUGUCAGAUCAAGUUUGGUUUGUGACAGGAGUACUUCAUAUAGUUAUAAACAGAUUCAUAAAUCUUCGUUAAAUGAGUAAAAGAAAGCUCUACGAUGAGAAGAAUAAAUGAAGUUACAGAACAUUCAAUUCAAUUACUCAAAUAACCUUCCCUAUGUCUGCUUGUGAUACUUCAUUCCUUACUUUUUCACUUAAUUUUGUUUACUAUUCCCAAGUUGUAUCAUUCGCAUAAUAUUUUUAUCAGAUGAGAAGCCAAAAGAAAUCUCAAGCUACAGAAUCUCUAUUCAUCUUUAUUUUUAGAUAUAUACAAUUCAUUGCAAAAUAAUAAUAGGACAUGAGACCUUACUAGC